AUGAUGAUGAUGACUGGCCGCCUGCUGUUGCUAUGUGCCCUCUGCGUGCUGUGGUGCGGUGCCGGCGCUGGUGGAUGUUCUGAAGCAGCUCCAGCUUCUCCGGAUACUCCGUCCGACAAGAACACUGAAAAAGACGAAAAGACCGUCGUUGGUGGCGUUGGAGAAGUUGACCAAACCGGUCAACAGGCAGCGUCACAAGCAGCAGCAUCGGUGCCCGUAUCAGGAACGGAAGAGGAAUCGGAACUACAAACCGGAGCAAAGGCAUCAGGAACGGCAGAAGAAACGAUAGAAAAAAAUAAAAAAAUGGAAAACGGGGAAAAUGAGAAGGCGAAUCAGGAUGCGGAUGAAGAAGAUGAAGGGGAAAAGGAAGAGACGGAGGAAGAAAAAAAGCAAGAAAAAGAUGAUACCAGCACUACAAAGAGGAUUUCGGCAGGCGGUCAGGAAGAGCCAAUUUUAUCUUCUCGUGUGGAGGAAGCAUCGAAUAAAACAAAACCCCAAAGCACUCAAACAACUGGCGACAAAGAUCCGGCAGCUGAUGGUGCAGUGACGCAAGAAGAAAAACAAAAUGAAAAUAAAGAAGUCAAUCCGAAGGAAACACCAGUCGCAGCCACCGUAAUAAAAACCACAACGGCGGCGACUGGCGACAGUGACGGCAGCACCGCGGUCCCCCACACCACCUCCCCUCUUUUGCUUCUUCUUUUUGUUGCGUGUGCGGCUGCGGCUGCGGUGGUGGCCGCGUGA